AUUUGAUACACUUACAGAACGCCAUCGCACGGCGUUUAUAUGACAUGCUACGUAACGAUGUUGUCGUGGAUUGUAACGCGUUCACCAUUGUUGUUUUUGUUGUGGUUCUCGUGAAGGGCGCGGUUCUCGCGAGAUCUCGUGACGGGCGCGGCUCUCGCGAGAUCUCGGUAACCCGGAAGGGGCGGGGUCUCAGAGACGGCAGGGCGGAAGCACGCAUCAGACGGCGGAGGGAGGCGGAGAAGUUGGCUGUGACAGUGGCGCGGAACACGAAGACGGCCAAGCAACGCGAAUCACAGCCCAGCAGUGCCGUGGAGUCCACGACGGCGACAACAGCUAUGGCGAACGAAGCCGACAUCCUCUCGCUCUGCGUGGCCAUGGCGAACAUGACUUUCCAAGAGCAUGAAGUGUGCAUGGAGACCCAGGCUACAGCCAGGAGUCCUCAUAGAGGCCCCAGACCCCACAUGUUUGAGGAGUUGUCUGGGUUCCCCGCACGUGGUGGAAAGAGAGGCGAAUAUGCACACCAUAUGGGCACCUGGAAAACAAGGAAUGGUGCAGGAUGGACACGAGGUGAUGGCGGAGGCUCUUGUAGUAGCGGAGGACGAGAUGCUAGAGAUGGCCGAAUCCCCCGCUCCCAUCGUAUGAGUGGACGUGGAAAUGUGGACAAGGGGGAUAGGUCGGGUUCCUGCCAGCGCCGCGGACCCUAUACGAUGUCCAUCUGCAAGGCGCAGCGGCAGCAGCUGCUGAUGGCCAAGCGGCGCAUCUUCAAAGCCGAUUCUGCGGUGCCAAGCCAAUUGUGCUGGUUCGAGAUCUCGAAAUGUUUGAGCCAAAAAUAUGACCCUACCAACAAAGCUCUGGACUUGAAGGCGGUCAGAAUUAAUGAAGAGCUGGAGGCACGUGGUGUCGACCUGGUUUUGAACCGGAAGGACCACAUGGAUGGUCUGAACAAGAUCAUCCGAGAGAAUAUUCCAAUGAUCACAUCCCUGAAUCUAACGUGCAAUGACCUGCACCGGUUGGAUGACCUGGCAAAACUUGCCCAGCACACUCCAUCUCUCAAGAAGCUGAACCUCUCCAAAAACAAUCUCAAAGAUGUGAGGGAACUUUACCCACUGAAGGCCUUCAAUUUGAAAGAGCUAUGGCUGAAGGGGAAUCCGCUGUGCGACUCCUUCCACGACCCAAAUGCCUACAUCAGCUUCGUGCGAAACCACUUUCCACAGCUCGUGAUCCUGGAUGGGCAGAUGCUUUCGCAGCUGCGAAGUUCUACGCCUGCGGUGCCCUCCACGCCUGCGGUGGUGCACAGAAUUGCGGUACGCUUCGCUGCAACAAUGAGCAAUAUUUAUUCUCCCAACUUUUCGAGGGCCAUGCGGCUCUUUGGCCACAACCCUGGCAUUACUCCUACCACUUCCCAUCCUCCAUUUUGUCCACAGCCAGAUGAAAGGGACAAUAUUUAUUUUAAAAUUAUUAUUAUUAUUAUUAGAGGUUUAACGUAUGCUUGAAAUGGCUUAAGCAUAUACCAAGCUCUAAUCAAUCAUUUGUUUACAUAUCCACCAUUUUAUUUUACAAAACAUUGGCAAAAACUUAAACUUAAUCAGCAGCAACUUAACAGUUGCACCUCUUGUGCACUGACUUUGUGACAUUAUGACUGUUUCCGAAGUCGGCCAACAUCAAAGCGUGCAGCUCCCAUAGGAAAGCGAGCAAAGCGGCACAAUGUAAGGGGUUUACAUGACCCACUUGCAGUGGCGUCGCCCAUUCAGGCUGCCAUGGGAUCCAGGCCAGGCCUAGUUAUCUGGUUGGCAAACUGGGUAGUCAUGUUGACGUCUCUCCUGUGUGCGUGCGCGCCCACUCUCGGGUGGCUGCAGGAGAACAGCUGGCAGUUCCAGCAGUGUGCGAACACCCUCAUGGAACUGAACGUGAGUGCCGUCCCAUCCGCACCGUUUAUGGACACGACUGAUAGCAAACGGUCGGGCGCAUUCGCGUUUGACGAGCAUCACUAACGAUACCGCCCAUCUCCCCUUCUAUUCCACCCCUCUCUCUCCCCCCUUCCUUCAUCACUGUCGCCGUCCGGCUCGGAUCUCCGAAAACCACGGUCGCCUACCUUCAUCGUUCCUUUUCGUCCGACUACCGGACGGAUUCCACGGGAGGCGUUCGUACAGUGAGCAGGCGUCCGCCGCAGAUUGCUGGCGAUCUCGGCACACGUUCUCCUACCAACCCUUUCCUCCACAACCCUUAUACAUUGUAAUUUCUUUGUUUUUACCCCAUUUGGGGGGAGAGGAAAAAAAUAAAAAAAUAACUAUA